AAAAACGACGCCCAUUUUCACAUGGACGUCAUAAAGUUUUGACGUCUAUGUGUUUAUAGCUUUGAAUGUAAUUUAUAGAGAAAGUUGAGCAAGACAUUAAGCAAACAGAAAAAUUUACAAUGAAGUUUGCUGAACAUCUUUCAGCGCAUAUUACUCCGGAAUGGAGAAAACAAUAUAUAAAUUACGAGGAAAUGAAAUCCAUGUUAUACGCGGCUGUGGAACAAGCGCCUUCGGCAGAAGUUGUAGAACCCGAUAUUUUAACGCGUUAUUUUGCAAAAUUCGAUGAGCAGUUUUUUACCUAUUGCGACAAGGAGUUGACUAAAAUAAAUACAUUUUAUUCCGAAAAGUUGGCGGAAGCGACGAGAAAAUUUGCGAAUUUAAAAAGCGAAUUGAGUGAAGCACAGGAGGUCGAAUUUGAAGGAAAGAGCAAUAAAAAGUCAAUAAAAAAUAACAUUUUAAGAAAGAGAAACGUUCCUGCAAGAAAAAUGCAAGAGCUCAAACUUGCUUUCAGCGAAUUUUACUUGAGUCUAAUUUUGUUGCAGAAUUAUCAGAAUUUGAAUUUUACCGGCUUUCGGAAAAUAUUGAAAAAGCACGAUAAAUUACUCUCAUUUGAUGUUGGUAUGCGAUGGAGGAUAGAGAACGUAGAGAACUCCCAUUUUUAUAUAAACAAAGAUAUCGACAGGUUGAUAAGAGAAACCGAAGCUACCUUCACUCAAGACUUGGAGGGCGGCGAUAGACAACGGGCCAUGAAACGGUUGAGGGUGCCGCCACUGGGCGAGCAGCAGAGCCCCUGGACCACUUUCAAAGUGGGUCUCUUUUCCGGGGCAUUUAUGGUUUUACUUAUUGCUGUCGUAUUAUCGGGUGUUUUCCGAGGUCACAAAGACGAUUGGCGAAUAAUCACAAGGUUGUACCGCGGACCGUUUCUAAUUAUUGAAUUUCUUUUCCUCUGGGGUAUUAACAUUUACGGCUGGCGUUCAUCCGGCGUGAAUCACGUGCUGAUAUUCGAGAUGGACCCCAGAAACCACCUAUCGGAACAGCACAUAAUUGAGAUGGCGUCCAUCUUUGGCGUGAUGUGGAGCGUGUCAGUGCUCUCGUUUUUGUACUCCGAUCAACUCGGGGUACCCGCUUACGUCCACCCGUUGGUACUGAUCGUACUAAUGGUGUUAUUCAUUCUCAAUCCAACCAAAACGUUUCGUCACGAGGCGAGAUUUUGGGCGCUCAGAGUUUUGGGCAAAGUGUUUUUGGCGCCAUUUUUCUACGUAAACUUUGCGGACUUUUGGUUGGCCGACCAGUUAAAUAGUUUGGUAACACUCUUUACCGACAUGCAGUAUUUUGUGUGUUUUUACGCUACCAACUCCAGCUGGUACGAAGGCACAGAUGCCAAUUAUUGCGUGGAAAAGUACCUUUUCCUUCGAGCCUUUAUGGCGUGUUUGCCUCCAUGGUUUAGGUUUGCGCAGUGCAUAAGGAGGUACCGGGACACCAAAGAAACUUUCCCGCACAUCAUCAACGCCGCAAAGUAUGCGACGUCAUUUUUCGUCGUUAUCUUCUCGUCAUUGUAUAAAAGCGUAUUAUACGAUUCACAAAAAUCUACGUCGUCGCCAUUUCUUUACUUGUGGAUAGCCUCUGCUGUAAUCAGUUCAUUUUACGCGUACAUGUGGGAUAUCAAAUUCGAUUGGGGUUUGUUCGAUGGAAAGGCUGGCGAUAAUAGAUUUUUAAGGGAGGAAAUUGUGUAUUCUACAACAGGUUGUUACUAUUUUGCAAUAGUCGAAGACUUUGUUCUUCGUUUCGGCUGGGCAGUGCUUAUUGGAUUGACCGAAACUGGUUUCGUGAUGGAGAAUUCCGUGGUCUGCUUUUUAUCUGUUCUCGAAGUGUUUCGGAGGUUCGUUUGGAACUUUUUCCGUUUGGAAAAUGAACAUUUGAAUAACUGCGGCAAAUUCAGGGCCGUUCGAGAUAUUUCCGUGGCUCCCCUGGAUACUUCCGACCAGAUGCUCAUUGUUAGAAUGAUGGACGAGGAAAACGGAGUAAUUAACAGAAGGAAAAAAAAGAGCAAGAGAAAAGAGGAUCACCGAGUAUUGCUAGAAGGAGAAUCCACGGACGAUAUGGAUAAUUAGACCCUUGUUGUGAACGCAUUCGGUUAUUUUUAAAACUCUAGUAUAUACAUUUGUUAUGAAAUAAUUUUACUCGUUUAAAUAUUCCUUAAUUAUACUUUCUGUCCAACAAUAAACAUUAU